GGUCGGAAAACCAAGAUGGACGCCUACUGUUAACCGUUGUUACCUGUUGUUUACGAUUGUUAGCCGUUGUCAGCGGUUGUUAGUUGUUGUUUCGACUUCCGAGUACAACUGGAACGCGGCAUUAAAAACUCAGUUUUAGAAAAAAAUCAGUGGAUGCUUCCAGUUGUACUCGGAAGUCAGGAUUUCCGAGUGUCGGACGAUCCUCGCCAACCCCGACCUGACGACAACGUCAUAAUUCAAGAUGGCAGCGCAGUGCAUCAGCAGUAAAGAGUAACAGUAAAAGCUCUCGUAGUGCAUUAACUAUUAGCACUUCUGUUUUGUUUUUGUGAAAUUAAAUAAGUGGUACAUGUCCUACCCAACGUCUAACUGUGAACACAGUGUUAUGGUGUCAAUAGAGUAAAAGUGUUGUGCGUUGUUUACAACUGGUAUCGCCAACCGCUGACAACGGCCAACGACAACUGACAAUUGUAAACAACAGCUAACAACGGGUAACUGUGAACGUCCAUCUUUGUUUUCCGACUUUUUAACUGGAACGCUUUCAACUCGGAUGUAGCGUCAUUCCAAGCUCCGACAUCCAACUUCCGAGGUAACUCGAACGCAGCAUUUGUGUCGCUCCGAAUUUCUAUAAGGUCUUUAACGUGAGGUGGAUGAUUCAUUUUCACAAGCAGCACAUUUCCAUUCAUUUCUCCUUUUAAACCUUGGGAUUAAUUUAUUCGCUAAACCAUUUGUUCUCCAUUUUUAGGAUAAGUCAUGUGAGCAGUGUGUGAGCUGUUCAAUCCAGGUAGUCCAGCCAUAUCUGACUGUGAGUAGAGGGUGAUCAUUAUUAUUAUAUUUUUUUCAAAGACACUGACCAUCAUGGAAGAAAAGAAAAGUCAACCCCAUUACACUGCCUACUGUUUACAGCACAAGCCAGAACAUAAAAAAGAAAAAUUGCAUCAUCUACCCUUUGUGUGCCUCCUGCUGACUUCACUUUGCCGUUUUCUCCGAACUGAUUUCUGUUGCUGCUUUCUUUCAUUUUUCUAUUUGUGCAGCUCAAUGGCCUGUUAUUUCCACCGCUGAAGGAGCGACAAACCCUGUGAGAAAGGGUUGAAAUAUUGAACAGCUGAUGAAACUCUGCUCCCAGUGAGAUCAAAAAGGUCCAGAUGAAACUCUCCUGGGUUUGUGAUGGAUCUCCCAGCUGUGCUACUGGACUGUCACAGCUGCAAAACAAGUAUUCAGUGCACACAUCCCUGCACAUUUACUGUACAGUCACUGUUCCAGGAAUUCUAGGUUUGUCGCUUAAAAGCCUUCCUAUUAAUGAUCUGUGAUUUUAGUUUUUUGCACAAAUGUCAAAAAUAAAUAUAGGGGUGAUUUUUUUGUGCAAUAGCCCUGAAGAGCUGUUAUGUGAGGGAUUUUAAUUUAAUUGAAAACCUUGUGAGAAUUAUUCCAGACUUGUUGCUAAAAGGGUCAAUAUGCACAAAAAAGCACAACCCAAUCUCAAAAAUAAUUGUGAUGCUGUGUAUAAUUGUUAAUGAGUACAAGUUGUUAUGGUUUGCAGAUCAUUUAGUGCCAAUCUUUGGGUGAAAUACAUAUACAACUGGCAAAAAAAUGCUGCCUGAAACAAAAUAUAUGCUCAUUUCAGACUUUUUACUUUUUCAAUGUUUUUAAAAGUUGUGAUGGGGGCAUGGUAACCAUUGUGUUGCAUCCUCUCUUCAUAUUUGGGUAACUAGUAGACCAGUAUCUGAAGUUGUAAAAGUGAAAUAUCGUCCUUUUCUUGGAUUUCAGCGGCUCGGCAGAUCAGGGUCUUCUUUGUCAUAUUUUUUUUCAUAGGCCAAAUAUUUCCAGUGGGUGACGAGUGAGUAUUGCAGGCAGACUAACUCCUCCACUAUAAAGCCAUGAUGUUAUUAUACAUGCUAAAUGCAGUUUGGGAUUGUCUUGCUGAAUUAUUCAAAGUCUUCUCUGAAAAGUGCCUCAUCUGUUGGGGAUCAUAUGUAGCUCCAAAACCUGUGUAUUGUUCUACAUUACUAUUGACUACUUGGAUGUGUAAUGGACACUGAUGCAUCCCCAUACUGUCAUGGAUUCUUGCUUCUGAGGUGUGCGAUGAUAACAAGCCACAUGGCUGCUGGCAUAUCUGGUCCAUCAUAUGGUUUCCUCUUUGGAUGGUACAGUUUUUGAGCCUAAGCAGUAAUUUCCACCACGUUUUUUUUGCACAGCAGUUUAAAUGUUUUUUAAGUCUUUGCCCUUACUUUCUUUAAAACCUGUUGCUGGCAACAUCUUUGAAAUGGGCAUAAAACAACAAUUGGUUUUAGAUCCAGCAUUUGAUUUUUUGUCUUUGCAGUGUUUUAGAUAAAAUAAAGGCUGUAAAAGGUUUACAAACCACUAUUAUCUGUUUUUAUGGACACAGAGGCUUCCUGAUUUUGGGGGAAUUAAACUCCCAAAGGCCUGAUAUGUCACUGCACUGCCGUGUCUUUGCCACUAGGGGGAGAUGUUAUUUCAAAAUGGAGUGUCUGCUCUGUACUCUGAUCCGAAACAUCCACCUGUUACCUGGAGAGGACUGUGCUGCCUUCCUGUGGGCAUCUUCAGGUAAAACAAACAGCUCAGGAUGUGUGUGCAUGUUUGUGUGCGUUUGUAAGUGAAUGUGCUUGUGCAGGUAAGAUCUUGUAAGGGGAAAGGGGAUAAGAGAGAGCUCAUUAGCCGGUAAGGUUUAGAUUACAGUAAAUUGCUGGCUGGGCUGAAUAACUCUGUACUCAUUCUGUUAGAGAGUUUUUUUAAAUACUCAGCAAGAAUCAGGGACAGGAGGCUGUCUCUGAAGGGUGGAGGCCUCUUGGACAUGGUUCAGACUGUUGUAUUUUGCUGUUCCUAACAGAGUGAGAGAGGUCGCGCAAGUUCAUACACAAUGAGAUAAUCUGAGAUUUCUGUUUGUGUAUGAGCUUUCAGCUGCAUUAGUUUUUGCUUAUACUGCUGAUAACGUGCUAUUUGUGUAUAAAUCUAUGCAGGUGUUCCUCUAUCUCCUCAUAAAUGUCCUCAUAAAUGUCAUGUGUGUUUAUUUUGAAAGAAACCAAAAAUUUAGCUGUUCCUUGUGCCAAUCUAGUGCCUCAUUAGUAGAGUAUGUCGUGAAGUCUUCACCAUAACUCAAGGGUAUAACUCUAAGGGAUUGCAGACCUUCAUGUCUCAAGUGUAGAAAUAUGCUCACAAGUCAAGACUGUACAUGACGACAUGCAGAGAGCCUGUUUUCAUGACGGAUUCUUACCUUUGAAGCUCCAUCAGAUCUGGCUUCAACAUGAGAGACACAGAGAACUGAGGGGGAAAAAAGAAGUUGGGCCAAGUGAAGAGCUAGAGUGAUGAACGAUGAACAUGACAGUGGGGAUGAUGAAGGAGGAAAAGAGGAGCCGGAGUAAAAACAGGAGUUCACAGGGAGUGAUGAAUCCCUGUCACAUAAGUAAUGAGAAGGAAAGUGGGGAUAAAAAUACAGUCAGGAUUCUGUCAGGGAAAGUGUAAAUGGAUAAUCCACAUAGAUUCAUCACCAUUUGUCUUGUGGGAUUUGAUUUAAAGAGUGAUUUUCGUGCCUCUCAGCAACAUAGAUACUUUACUUCACAUGGUUUCUUGCCAAAAUUACACAAUGUUGUUGGAUGCUUACAGUUUGCAUGUGUUGGAUUAGGAGAGGAUUUAAAAAUAAAAACACAAAGCUCUAAACAAAAAGUUUAAGAAACUUUUUUUUCUCUUUUUUCUUUUCUUUUUACUGGUAACUUGCGAACCACAAACUUUGGGGAUUUUUUUUCUGUCUUUCUUUUGUACUUUAGCCCUCCUGAGUUCAUUGUUCAGUCUCCCUGUAUUUUUUUUUUCUUUUGCAUUUUUUUAGCAUUGUUUGUUUGAGUCUUGACAUAUCUGAAUUUUUUUUCUUUUUCAUAUUUAUCCACCCAGCAACUGAAUGUAUAAUAGGAUGAUGUAAUUAGGAUAAAUAACUGCUAUAGUUUUAUUCUGUGAUGUGAUUUGCUUGAUUUUUGUUUAUCUUGCAGCUGUGAUGGAAUUAUCAAGUAUGUCCUGCUCUCAAGAGUACAUUGUACAUUUUAUUGUUAGUCCAUAGUCAGGUAUAAAUCUGUCAAAAAGCUGUAAAAAACAGUGUAAAAUCUGAGUCAGAGGGUGUCCUUGGUGCUCUGGGAUGUGAUGGGAGUAAAGAAACUCAUGUGAAAAAACGUGAGGGGAGGGGGAGAAGCCAAAGUUGGAGGGAGGAUUUUGGCAAAAAAAGAGGGGUGUGUGUGUCUCCCUGUGUGUGUGUGUAUGUGUGUGUGUGAGUGUCAAAGCAGGACGUAAUGGUAUGGAAAAGACAGUGAGUGAGGGAGAGUGGGUGGGUACGGGUGUGUGUGUGUGUUGGUAUAAAAGCUCCCUCUCUUACUUGCACUCCCAUAUCUCCUGUGUCAUUUUUUGUGGGGGGAUUCUAGUGUGUGUUUGUGUGUGUGUGUCUGUGUGUGUGUCUAAAAUACAAGAGAAGUGUGUGUUUGUGGCCUUGCAGGACAGUGGACUGAUAAAUUUAAAAGGAUGCAUCAGCUUACAGUGGUGGCCUUGGUGCUGGUGGCUCUCUGCUCUCUGAGGAGUGUGGAUUCUUCGGCGUACGACAAGAUAGUCACUCACAGCCGCAUACGGGCCCGGAAGGAAGGGUAAGGAGAGGGGUGGGGGAAGUAGAGGGAUGUGUGAAGAAAAUGUGGUACUUGCAGAGUUGUUAAAAAAAAACACUUACAUUUAUGACUUAAUGAAUUUGUAAUUUUUGUGAUAAUUUUAGCAAGGAUGUCAGAAGUGUUUGUAUUUCACAGCAGACUGGAGAUAAAUUGCUGUAUAUUAUUAAAAAAAAAAGCUGAUGGACAUGUUCAGCUCUUUUUGUGACAGGUUUUUAAUCUGUGCUAUCUUUAAUCCUGUUUCUAAUCACAGAGCAUUCUAUCGUGAUUUAGAAAACAGGUCAGCCUCAUUGAUGAAAACAUUGAUUUUCACCAUAAUGGAACAUUCAAUAAUGUCUGCCGCAUUCCCCCCUCUUUUCUGCUGGGAUCAAUGUGCCAAAUUUUAGGUUUGAAUUGAAUUUCUUGUCCAGGCUGAAGGAUAUUUAUUCCUUUUUUUGCCAGCUUAACAGGUUGCAGAAAUGUGGUUGUCCUUGCAAAGUGAAAGUAUUCCUUGUUAAGAUUUUUUAAGAGUAAACUGAGCUUAUUCAUUUCUCUUCACCUGUAUUCACCACUCCCCGCAUCACUCAACAUUACUCACAUCCUGUCCUAUCAUCUCAUCGCUCUUUCUUCUUCACUUGUCUUCCCCCCUUUCUUCUCUUUUCCCCACAUCCUGCUUGCUUCACCUGUCCGCCCCCCACCUUGCCUCCCUCCUCCUCCUCCUUCUCCCCUUCUCUUUUCCACAGGCCAAAUGUGUGCGCUCUGCAGCAGGUCAUGGGGACCAAAAAGAAGUACUUCAGCACAUGUAGGAACUGGUACAAAGGCACCAUCUGUGGCAAGCCAGCGUAAGUGUUGACAUAGAGAAGUUAUUGACUUUGACUUUUUGAACCUGUACUCCAAACUUCACCCUUCAACUUUAACCUCCUCCACCUCUCUGUAUGAUGUUUCACCUCUGUUUGACUACAGUUUUGGCCCCCUCCGGCCACUUUUGUCUUGCCUGAGCUCAUAAUUGUCCCACCUGUACCUCCUAGAUUUAAGUCUAAAUUUGGUCCAAACUUUUUUGUAUGAUGCCAAAAUAUUUAAAUGACUAGUUGAGCUUUUUCUGAAGGAUUUGUUCGGCAAAAAAACAGCAAAUCACACUUUACAGUCAUGGUGCUUUUGCACAACAUGCAAACAUGUGUUUCGCAUCAACAAAUGGAUUUCACAACCAGUUUCCUAGACAUGUUAUCAUGACAACAUAUAAAAUCUAACUCCCGCUUUUGUCCCAUCACCCCCAUCCCCUAUGCCCCUUCCUCCACUCCUGUCGAGGCAUGCUGUGCAGGCCUGCAGGGCCAGGGGUUCACUCCAUUGUUGGCCCGUUUAUGUUGUACACUCCUCUCAACACUGAUUGAUGCCCUCCUCUCCGUCUGAAGCGUGUCAGGUGCUCAGGAAAAAUACACUAUUUAUGCUUUUGCUCUGCGCAUUUAGGAUGAAGUAGACGAUCUAUUGCAACCCUUGUUUCCGACUGAUCUAUGCUCUUGGCAGACAGGAGAAAGUGAAUUAGUGUGACUGUGUUAAAUUAGUUAUUCUUUACGUUAAGGCAAGCUGUUCCUCUUGUGAGCUGUAAAUACCCAAGUAUAGAUAAUCCCCUGAAAGGUUAGGCAGAGGUUUGGAGUGAGUAUGAGAGCAAGUUUGUCAUAGUGGAUAAGAGAUGCUAAACCUAAAUAUUGGGUCUUUAUCUGUACAGAAGUGUUUUUGAACUGUCUGGAGUGUUGCCAAUAGAUUUAAGUAACUUUUCCUGGUGACAUGAUGUGCAGAAAAUGUGACAUACAGUACAGCUGCAGAUGCAUUGAUGGAGUGUAAGGCUCGGCUGGAGCUGAUUUACUGUCUGUGUGUUGCAAGUGUUGCAGAAGAUUGAAAAAACAUGCACACUGUAACUCGACUAUGUCACACAGUCACACACACAUAUACAGUGGAAAAUUUCAUGACAUUUAAAACUUAUAAUCUAAACUGACUAGGGUAAAAACAAAAUUGGUGGAUAAAGACAUGCAUUAAAACUGGCAGCAUUCAUAAAAAAAAAGAUUUAAUUUCACUUGAUGGAUAAUAAAAGGUGGUUAAGGGUUGAUGGGGUUUCUUACAUGCAUUUUAUGUUACUGGGCAGCUUCAGAAAACUAACCCAAUUAUACCCAAAUUCAUCCAAAACACAGCAAAAUUUGUCUUCAUGGUGUUUGAAUUCUCAACCACCAUGCUAAUAAAAUGUUAUGUAUCAAUACAAAAAUCGCUGAAAUCGACCAAAGAAAGCUGAACGAGACCGUAAAACUCCCAGAUCUCUUUGGCUCUCUGCGGUCACAGUCAGGACAUUGUUCAGCGGCAGUGAAGGAAAUCCUGCCAGCUGUGGUUAUGUCUCGUUGGGAUUAGGUGUUGAUGAGAGAUUAGGAAAGGCUGUUUGAGUCUACAGUAUUUACAGUCAGACCUCAGCGUUCACCGCAGGCUGGUUUGCAAACACACAAGUGUUUAAACAUGCUCGAAGGGUGCAGCAGCUGAAGUCAUACCUGGACUGAUUCUCUUAGAAACCACUACAAGAUGGAACAAAUGAUGUUGAUAUGAAUCCAGUCUGCACUGUGUUCUUCUAAUUAUCUCCUCUGGAGGUAAUUGAUUCCAUGGGGAUUUUUUCUUUAAUGCCUCUGUUUGCUCAAAGAAGUCUUGAACUGAGUCGCUGGAAGUUCAGGUGGAAGUGAUUUUCUUCAAAGUGGUGUACUGUCAGUGUUAGGCACAACAUGCAGAGCGGGGGACAAGUGUUAAAAAUCAUUUGUAGUUAAAACAAAAAGCUCUGGCAUCUUAAUUUACACUCCAAAUCCAUGCAUGAAAACACAGAAAGAAAUGACAUGGAACAAUGGUAAGAAGACCCAAGACAGAUGUUCGAUUGAUCCGCAACUGGGAAAUACUAUGAUGUUUCCAUCUGAUGCCAGAACACCCCACACCGUUUGUGUGCAUGUGUAUGCAGAGUUUGCAAAUGUGCUCAUCUGGAUGCCACAUUGCUCUGGUUCAUGAAGUGACAGUUCCAGAGGCCUGGCUGCAGUUUGCAUUUGGUUAGUUCUGUCUCUGGUCCAUUCAGCAUCUAUUAUCCUGUCAGAGCACAGCCGCAGAGCAAUGACUUCAUACCCUCCCGACAGCAGCUGUGCGUGUUUAUUUAUGUUCUUUACAUCGCAAAAAAUGGCUGUCAAAUUAAACCCGUAAUGUAUAAAUGACAUGGCUGUGUGUAUAAAAAUAGCAUAAAACCUUCACACAUUAACACUCGCGCAAAAAUAUAGAUUAAAGUAGAGACGUUUGUCAAAGCAUGAGUCAUUAAAGGGAGUAGCAGGGAGAAAGUGAGGGAUUUGUGUGGGUGUGUGUGGUUUGAAGUAGACUCAGAGAGAAACGAUUUCUUACAUAAUAUGUCACGACUUUGAACUCUGGAUGAUGACAGACAGUAUUUUGUAUCGGGGCCUAAAGCCUGUGGAGGAAACAUAAAAUUUAUAUAUAAAUGCAAUAAAUCUUUAAACUAGGUUUUAUAUGCUUUGGAUGUGUAACACACUCUUCAAACUCCUCAACAAACUCGCGAAAAUGUCCAACUGGAAACCAUAAAGGGCUUAGGGUGAAAUCCCAAUUAAAGCUUUCCGAGUGUCCAAAAACUGUGUGGCUGUUUCUCUGAUGAAGCGUCCAAUAGUGACUCACUGACGGUUUGUUUACAUCCUAGAAGAUUUACCCUGGCUUGAGCAAGUCCAAUUAAAAAAGGUUUGCUUUGGUUACCAUUAAGAGCUCAUUUUCAAUAAAACUCCCCUUGAAAAACACAAAUGAUCCCUCUAUUACGGCGUAAUUUUACACAACGCUGACUUGGGGCUUGCACUGUCUGUCAUAGCUCUUCCUGUCAUUUGUAAGACUGUAAUAAAAAGUAACUCGAUCUGUUUUAAGACGUGCAACUCCUCACAAAACAUCGGCCUUGCAGCUGAUGGAUGUAGUUCUUGUUUUUAAAGGACACACAUUAGCUAUUCUGUUUAUUCUGAGAUCUAAAUCUGUCAUGCAGGCUCAAUAAGUCAGCUGUAUGUCAGGAUUUUGUUCUGAGGCUUUGUUGGGAAGACUAAUGACUGAGAAGAAACUUCGUGAGGCAGCAGUCACCCGAGUUGUACGCUGAUAUCACUGGUGUUUAGAUUAAUUUAUCAACAGUACAACUCUGACUUCCUUAAGAAUGUGUAAGCCACGGUCUCCAUGAUGUUUCUCAGUAUAUGCGGUUGGAUUUGACUAAUACAAAGGCCUCUGAGGAAACUUUGUGCAUAUCUUAUUCAGCACUACUCUUGAAGACAGAGAACAAAGCACUUUGAUGCCGUCAAGUUGAAGACUUUUUGUCCUUUAGUUUGUUUCUUUUUUUUCUGUUUCAUGAGAUAUUGGGAUUGAUGUCGGCUGGCUCUCUUUAAGAAAGUGUCUCAGCCUCGUCUUUCCUUUUGAGUCCAGUCCAGAUUUUCUCAGUGAUUGGCCUGCUGGGACUUUUUGAAUUUCUUCCAGAGUGCUUAAAGAAGUGUUGGAGGAACCACUUCUGAGUAAAAGCUGUUCCCCCUGUCUUUGUUAAUUAGCCCUCUCUUGAAUGCUUUUUUUGUGGACGUUUUCUCACAUCAUUACUUCUACUGCUCGGACAAUAAAAUGUUCUAUGCCCAUUUAUAGAUUUGCUUUUUGGAAACGACCUUUUUUAAUUCAGCCGCUGCACUCUUCAAAUAUCUCAACUAUUCUUUGCUCAAGAGCUCAACAUUUCUUCUUCGUACAGCUACAUUUUCCUUCCCCUCAAAUAUCUGCUCUUAAUAUUAUAGUAAUCUUGUAUCUUUUUACUGUUGCAAAUACAGUUAACUACUGUAAUAUUUACUGUUCUGACCAUAACCAAUACAAAUCCUCAUCUAAAAGAUCCUAAAUGAAAUUUCAUGGCCAGCAAAUCUGCUGUAUAACAUUCACAUCUACUGUAUAACAUUUUUCUGUGUGUGUUUGUUUUCUGUUAUAUAGUACAGUCCUUUAUGAGUGCUGCCCUGGGUACAUGAAACUGGAGGGUAUGAAAGGAUGCCCUGCAGGUAAGUGGAUCUCCCCCAAGCUUCAGUCUAGUCCUGUGAUAUAAAGAGCGCUGUGAGGAGUUUGUAUGUUGUAUUGUUUCUGCUUCGGGUAAAGUUCAGAUGAAGACUGCAUUUCCCAUUGGCAAAUGAUGUAAAGAUGUGGCUCCAGUCAACACAUUCGUUGUAGAAGCAAAGAAAGAAAAUAUAGAUCUUUUAUCAAUUGGUAGCAUAGUAAAAUUAUCAAAUGUAACAAAACACACAAAUCUUUGCAAACUCUGAGUUAUUAUUAGGGUGUAAGAUAGCUCACAAAAGGAGCUCAAGGGUAACAUAAUCUUUUUAGAUGUCCAAAUAUAUUCACACAGUUUAACCCUCACAAUGCUUUUAAUUUGAAGUAAUUCAAACUGUUUUUCUCAAGUGUUCCCAAGCUGAAGCAUAUCUUCUGCUCUCUUCCAGUGGCUCCCAUUGACCAUGUGUACGGUACCCUUGGGCUUGUAAAGGCUACAUCCACACAGCGCUACACUGACAUGUCAAAGCUGAGAGAAGAAAUCGAAGGCAAAGGUUCUUUCACUAUGUUCGCACCCAGCAAUGAUGCGUGGGAGCAAAUGGAGCCUGUAAGUUCUGCUGGUUUAAAGGUCUCUUAGUAUGAAUAACUGCAUUAUUUACUCACUUACCACCUCUGAUCUGUCUUCAUUCAGGAAAUGCUUUCUGCUCUUGAGAGCAAUGUUAACAUCGAGCUGUACAACGCACUUCACUUCCACAUGGUGAACCGACGGUUUUUAACCAAAGACCUGAAGAAUGACAUGACCAUCACAUCAAUGUACAAUGACCUGGGGCUCUACAUCAACCACUACCCGAAUGGAGUCAGUUUAUGCAAUAUGCUCCGAUACACAAGAAUCCAUUCAUACAUACUGAACUGAAUUAUUUCUUUACCCAGAUGUUGGCCCUGAAUUAACACCUCUUCUCUUUGUAGGUUGUAACAGUUAACUGUGCCAGAAUCAUUCAUGGCAACCAGAUUGCAACCAACGGUGUGGUGCAUGUUAUUGAUCGGGUUAUUGGCUUUGUGAGCAACAAUAUCAAGGACGUCCUGGAUGUCACUGAUGAACUCUCUUCAUUCAGUGUGAGUUAACUCAGCAACACACGGAGCUGAUCUCUGAAAAUCAAAAAACUCACAAACCUUUUUUGAUAAUAGUUUAAAAUGGAAAACCAGUGUUUAAAAAAAAGACUUGAUCCAAUCUAGUAACUCAAGGUGUGACAAAAUGUUACAUGUGGGGUCUCUAUAACCAGGCUGCAGCAUUGGCAUCUGGUGUGAUGGACAAACUGGGCCAGCCGGGACACUACACCCUGUUUGCUCCCACCAAUGAGGCUUUCGACAAGCUGGCCCCAGGUCACCUGGAGAGAAUCAUGGGAGACAAAGCUGUCAUUGCAGGUACAUUGUCCACGUGGUGCAUGAACGAUUGGACAAAAUACCAGCAUGUGAAUUUAUUUCACAACCAAGGGAGAAUUUAUUCAUACAAGCAUAAUCGCAAAGCACACCACAAAAAUGAGAAACAUUUGUCUCUGGUUUCAUCUGAUCUGUUUUUUGGUUGGAGAAGCAGAAACAUCUAUUAACAUGUGUUUUUGGUGUCCUGAGUGAGUUUCUUAAUAUAACUUCAGAUACAUACUCAGACACUGAGGAAACCAUGUCAGGAAAGCCUCCAAAGUAAAGAUGAUAUGAAGCCAUGUGCCUUGUUUAAAUAAGUUGAUGCUUGGACAGAAGAUUGUAUUUGAGUUUGUUUGGGUUUGGAGAAGUUUUUCCAGUUUACUGUUUAAUUUCUUCUGCAGGCUAGAGUUUGACAGUUGGACUUAGUUGGAGGUGUAAUCCCAUAUCCCAACAGGGCUGCUAAAUACUUGAAAAAUGAUACAGGAUAACAAACCUUGCCUUAACUGACCAGAUUUCAAACAAUAAUCACAUGCGAUUUGUUUUCUUUCCUCCAACAUUAAACUUUUUCUGACUUCUUCAGCCCUGGUGAACUACCACCUCCUCAACAGCGUCCAGUGCUCAGAAGCUAUCAUGAGUGGGUCAACAUAUGAGACAGCAGAGGGCAGCACCAUCCAGAUUGGCUGUGAUGGCAACAGUCUCACAGUUAAUGGCAUCAAGAUGGUGCUGAAGAAGGACAUCGUCGCCACCAACGGUGUCAUCCACCUCAUCGAUAGUGUGCUCAUCCCUGACUCAGGUGAAUUACAGCUUGGUUUCAAACCCAACUUCUUCCCCCAGUAAGGGUAUUUUCUGUUGACAUUAUUGGUUUUUACAUCUUCUUUUUCUUUACAUUAUGUAAUCCACAUCAGCCAAGGAGGUGCAGGAGCUGUUGGGAGAGUCCCAGAGCACCUUUGGAGACAUGGUGUCUGAGUUGGGUUUAGCUGCUGCCUUGGGUCCAAAGACAGAGUACACACUCCUGGCUCCUGUCAACAAUGCAUUCACAAGUGAGUUCAAAUCCAAAGAAAUUCUGCUAGCUACUUUAUUUUCUUACUUUGAAAAAACAAUUUUAAAAAGAUAUUGUGGUUAUAUUGUGGAAUAUAGAGAAAGUCCUGGGAGCCGGGGAGUGUUGGGGGUCAUAGAAAGAGUUCAUAUAUUUACAGUUCAUUGUUACAGUUCGUGGUUUGGCUGUGAUACGUUUUCAACACUUGUCUGUCAAAUGAACACGCAUAGAAGAAGUGUAUCUGAUCCUGGCUGGUUUCUUGUGUCACCUGAGUCUGUUUAAACCUGUAAUUUCUCUUUGUUUUCCAGAGGAGGUGAUGUCAACAGAAGAGAGCCUGCUGAAAUAUAUCUUGGAAAACCACAUCCUGAAGCUGAAAGUCACACUCAGUGAGCUCUACAACGGACAGCUGCUGGAAACACUCGCUGGCAAACUGCUCCGGGUCUUCAUUUAUCGCACUGUGAGAAUUUCAUGUUUUUUUCUGAGAUUUUUAUCUUUGCAUCACAGAUUCCUGCAGGAACAACAAAAAAGAUGAAUGAAAACUGAAAGAAAGGAAAACUGUCUUUCAUUUGGGAAUCUGUAACUCAUUAGGCCCCUCACCAAGUGUUAACAUGAUUUAUCAGCCUUUUGACUCUAAACAAAUGUGAUAGAAUAAGUAAUUAGACAAAGUCUUGGCUGAUGAAAUGUGUCUCUCUCCUGGUGCUUCAGAUAUCAGAAACAGCUGCUUACAUUUCAUCACAAAUCUCAUGUAUUCUUCUUUUUGAUUGAUUGCAACAGAACCGUUCCAACAACAAGUCCUCCUAUGAUCUAGAUAGGUACCAGAUUUGGAGACAAAACCCUGCUCUGACUUUGUUUUAUUUUUUUUCGUUGUCAGGCCGUGUGCAUAGAAAAUGCAUGUAUGACACAUGGCGGGAAAGAGGGAAGUAACGGUGCUCUCCAUGUGAUGAGGUCAAUAAUCAAACCUGCAGAGGAAACGAUGUAUGAGCGCCUGAUUUCUGACGGACGUUUCAGGUAAGGCCCAAAUCUUAUUUUGUUAUUUCUUUUAUGCACUUAAAUAAUCAAUAAAUGAUAAUGUCCUCUUACUUACGAGCAGCAAAACACAUAACUUCUUUCAAAGCACACUGAAUUUUCACCCACAUCUUUCCACGAUUUGUCUUCGUUUAUUUAUGUUACCUGAAGCUGCUGAGCUUGCUGUAACGAAUCACAAUACAGUGGAACAUAUCUAACCCAAGCAGAAAAAUCUGGUCUCGAGAAAUGCAGCUGAUGCAGAAGUGCUACAAAAAACCAGUUCCCCUAAAUGUCCAUUUUAGGAUGGCAGCAAAAGCAUUUAAAACCACAUAUUCAUUUAAAAAAAGGAUAUGUUUACAGCUUGGUACAAUGUACAGUUUGGGUGUGCAGAGCUGAUGUCUCUUUACACUCACUUAGGUCGCAUUUCCAAUAUGGCGGCUGCUGCAGAUAGCCUUUCAAACUCCAUUCAAAACACCAAUGAUCCAUCAUCGAGACAACAUCCCUGUUUUAUACAGUAUAUGAUAUAAUCGCACAUCACAGAACAAAACCUUCAACAAUGCAUAUUCUCCUUACUAUGGAAAUUGAAAACUCAGUGGCAAGUAAAUAAAACACAGCAAAAACUGUUAAAUUGAAUUGUAUUGAAAGGAAAACAUUACCAACUUCAAAAUCAAUUUAACAAACAUUGAGAGUAAUACCCAACCACAAAACUCUAAUAUCUUCUGACUCUGUGACAGCACUGGCAUCAGCAGCUGCAGAUGAUUAAUAACCAAAGAGGCAGAUGUUUGCUGAAUAAGACCACACAAGCCUAUAAGUCUCACACAAAUCCCAAUCUGAGCCCCAUCAUUUUUCUUUGCCAUAACCAUAAUCCUCCCGUCUUUAACGAGCAACACACUGCUGCGUUGUUGUCCAAAUGUGACGUCAAGUGUAAUCCGGUCUCAGAAAUGCAAAAUAAAUACUCCAUUUAACAGCUAAUGUUUUUCCUUUCCCUGUGAAGAAAAUGAAAAUCUUUUUUUCUGACUGACAGAGUCUGGGCAGUUAACUGUGGUAGGAAAUAGGAAUAGAGUAGAAAAAUGGGAAAGCACCACUUUAAAGGCUGCAUACAUAUUUAUGUGUGCAAAAUAGGGAAAGUAUGAAACACUGACUGUAAAUAAAUACGACGAAUGAUGUAUCUCCAUUUACUCCCACUGUGAGAAAAAUACAGACAAAAUACUGCAGACAGGAGUGUUGAAAGUUCAGUGACCAUGAGUAAUCUUUACAUUUUCCAUCGCUGUUCUCACCGGGGGGAGCACUAAAUGUUUUGGCUUCACUUUGCAGGGACAGUAGUACUGCCCGUCUUUUCACACAAUCUACAGUCUGAUCCAAUCAAAGCUGCCUAACAUAACACAUUCAGAAGAUUCUCCUGAUGUAAACUCCAUCAUUAAAUAUUUACCAGAAACGAAAAGGACAGAGAACUGAUAAAGAACAAAUACAGGCUAACACUUAACGUAAACGGUAAAUUACUGUUUACAACUGGCAGUUGUUUGUUACUUUGGUCGUAGCUUUUUACUGUGUUUUUGACUCUUAUUGUCUUCUUUGUCAUUGUAAAAAUCUUUUUUGUUUCCAUCUUUGUUGGUUUAAAAUGGUCAGCAUAAUCACUGCAAUGCAACGCAAGUCUUUAAAGCUAACUAUCAGUUUGAGCAUUAAUCCAGAAAACACUGUCAAUUUCAUCAACUAACUUUCUACGAUCCUUUCUUGUGUUCUUGAAGGAUUUUCCUGUCUCUGAUGGAGACAGCAGGUCUGACUGAUGUGCUGAAACAGGAGGGCUCUUACACCGUCUUUGCCCCCACUGACGAUGCCUUUGACGGCCUCAACGAAGAGGACCUCGCUCUGCUCAAAAGUGAGGAUGGCUUUAAAGCUGGCCUGUGAUAAAUAAAGCAACAAGAAAAGUGUCUCCAGUGUGUAAUCAUGUUUCCCAUGUGUUGUCAUUCACAGGUGAUCUGAAUGCUCUGAGGGUCAUUCUGCUAUACCAUCUCAGUAAUGGCGUUUUCAUCAAUGGAGGAUUAGAGGGAGGAGUUACCAACCUGCUGAAAACCCUGCAGGGCAACAACCUGGAAGUGAUGUCUGUAUGUACAGCAAGACGUUCAGUGUGUUAAACAGGCUGAAUGCUAACAAUACUUCUUUUUGUGCUACAGUGCCCAUAAUGUCGAUUUCAGAGCUCCUCUCACGUACCGUUGCUAGGUUACAAUGUUUUCUUUUCCUCCACCACCUCUGUUUCCUUUUGUAGUUACUGCUAAGCUUAUUUAGGAACACUAUUUGCUCCGUAGUUUGUGUUUCAGUGUAAUACUGAAAUUUAGACAAGUUCAAGACCUUAAGAUUGUACUCUUGAAAAAAAAGAUUUUAAAAAAUUGUCAGUGCAAACCAGAACAAUUCUAUUUGUGGAAACAGGCCCUAAAUUAAUAAAAUGUUAUAUUCAGAAAAAGAAAAAAAAAAAUCAAAAAUGUGAACAGAGAUUGAAGCCUUGAUUAUCCGUAACCAAACUGUCACAUAACUAUUGAAAUAGCACUUCCUGUGGUAUUUAGGAAACUGAAUAUCAUGGGAAAAGCAGAUGAGUCCGUGUCCAAGGGCUGAUUCUUCCUCUAUCACGUAUUCGUAUUAUAUAAUCAUGUUUUCCAUGUCAGCACACGAACCUAGUCUUUCCCCACAUUCUCAUUCAAACAAUGGUUUCAAAGAACUAACGCUAAUCCAUGACAUCAAAGCUGGUAACCUCUGGAGAAAGGCCAAAAGUGAUAAAAACCCAGCUUCCAGUCAUUUCCAUCUCCACCCACUAGACUUUUCACCCAGCUGUCCCCGCCUACUCUCCUGACAAACUCUACCUGCAAUUUGUCUUUAUCUGCCUUUAUCCCUGUUUUUAUCAGUCUUCAUGUCAGCUUUAUCAUCGUUCACCCAUUAUACACACUGCCCUCUCGCUCCGAUCUUAUGCCGCACUGUAUCGUAUAUCAGGUUAUCAGCCGAGCUCUUAUCUCAGGUCGACAGGACUUCCUUUACAGACACAGAACAGCUUUUCUGAGAUAAUUUAUAGUCAGGGAAGUGGGUGGUUCAGACUUUAAGGGAAGAAAAAAAGAAAGGAUGGUGAUUUUUGAGAGACAUGUCCUUUCAUUAAGGAUUGGAGGGGGAAGUUAUAAAAUUCAAUACAGAGGUUGGGUGGGAGAGUUGUCCUUUGUUUUUUCAGCAUGUCCACCUUCAGCUACACCUCCGCUGACACAUCAACUUGCAGGAUUUUAAUCAUGAAUUGAUUCCCCAGACAUCACUCACAGAACACUGCCCAAAAGAAAUAGACCUGAAAACCUUUUUUUUCUGUUUUUCUUAGGUAAACAACUCCAUUCAUGUGAACUCAGUGGAUGUUCCAGACAGUGACCUGAUGGCUACAAACGGUGUGAUCCAUGUGGUGAAGAAUGUUCUCUAUCCUGCGGGUGAGACCAGUUUUCAUUAUCAGACACGCAAACAAUCUGAACUUUGUGCUGGGUUGCAUUAAAGCAUCUUGUUUUUUUGGAUGCAUAUUACUUACAGACCUUCCUGUGGGCCGCCAGGACCUCCUGGUUCUCCUGAAGAAGCUGAUUAAGUACAUUCAGAUCAAGGUAGAGAAAGUGAAAUACAAAUAAAUCUGAAUUUGAAGUUCUCCUUGAAAAAUGUUAGUGGCUCUUUAUCCUCCCUUUACUUUCCGUCUGUUUUGUUCUAUUUCCUUUAGUUUGUCUCCGGGUUUACUUACACCGAGAUCCCACUCACUUUCAUCAGUAAGUCAUCUUGACACUAAUGUCACAGUAUGAUUCCUGAUAAGUAUCAUAUAAGCAACAACUUACAACAAGCUGUUCUUCUUCACAGAGAGGACCAUCACAACCUAUGUCAAAACUGGUAAGACCCCUCUGACUGUUUACAUGGUCAAACGCUAAUUUUUGAAAGUAAGUGAUCAAAAACAUGUCCAUCUUUGAAACCAGUUUAUGUUCUUUGUUUAAAAAUGAGCAUCUGUUCUCGAUAUAAAAUCAUCCUCAUGCAGACUCAUGCAUGUUUCAUGCAUUUCAAAGUUUCAUGCUGGCCUCUUUCAUUAUUCUCAUCUCCGUCCCCCUGAUUAUUUAAUACCCCUAUUUCUUAAGUCCCCUUGGACCUCUUGGCAUAUUUAAUCAGCUCUUUGAGGGAUAAGGUAAUCAGGCUGUCAAGGCAUAAAAGGCUCAGAGAUGAGGACCCUGUGAUUUAUUCAUCAAGUCGAGCUCAGUCCAGUGCACUUGCAUACAGAGGGAAGUAUUUCUUUAAGUAUCAGGUAACAUGGGACCACUCAAGUUUGACGGAGAUCUGGGACCCUGCAGGAUUAAAGUAACACAGGUCACAGUUUUAUGAUGUUAAUGUGCUGAAAUGGGGAUAUUUUACUUGAUAAAGCAAUUCCAGUUUUUGUGUGUCCCUUUAUUGUUACAGUGUUUAGAGAAAAUCAGUUUUUCAUUUUAGACAGGCUACCACGCGGGUUCACUGAGUUCAACAAGUUUCUGCACAAGAAACUGAUGCUUGUCACAAAAGAGAGGCAGGGGAGCGGGGUUAUGUAAGAGUUGACUGUCAUACAGAAUGCUGAGUCAGAUAUGCAAUGAAUCAUUCACAAAAAUAUUUUCAGAGACAAAGCAUUACAACAAAAUUCAAUUUAAACAGAAACUGUUCUGUCAUAUCAUCUCAUGUGUAUUAUCAAAUUGCAACCAGCUUUACUGGACAUGCAUGACAGGUGAAAAAUGGGCUUUAAUUUCUGUAUCUUAAAGAGUUUUAAAGUGUAAUUCUGAACGAUGAAGUUUGGAUCCGAGGAUCAUGAAAAGGAUAAAACCUACAAACAAAUCAAAGACUAAACACGUGCAAAUAAUCAUUAUAAAUCAUUAUAAAUUAUGCAAAAAUACCCAAGUGAUUUUGUUUGAAAACAGACAUGAUCUGGCUCUUGUCACGGAACAAUAAGGCCACGUAUCAAGGGGCCUCAGGCCUGAGAAGCUCUUAAAUACAAACAUAUGUCAGCUUUGAUCUCUAUGUCGUUCAUAAAAAUACUGUCACAUUAACAAUUCAUCGCUCCAGAGCAGAAAAGAACAGAAGAUGUUAGAGUUCUGUAGCAGCUGUAGGGUUUCACAGAUAACCAGCCUCUGGUGGGAAUUCAGUAAGUGAAGAAAAAUGUGUUAGAGGGUUACGUGACAUGCUCUUCCUUUUCAAACAGACAAACAACCUUUUUUUUUUUCUUUCUAAAAUACCAAACCUCUGAGUGUUUAAAAAGAUGGACUUUAUAGCUCCGCCUUUACCUGCUGCACAAAAGUGAGGCCCAAAAAUCUCCUGCUGUUGUGUCAACAUGCUGAAUUUCUUCAUCAAGAGUCUGUACAGUAAUCUGCAAUAUUGACAUACGGCCGUUUCCACUGACCAAAACAGAACAGACACAGUUUCUAUUGUAAAAGUUUCUUCUGUCAGAUUGAAGCAAAUUUAGCUGCUAAAGGUUCAAUGACUGUUGAGUUGGUGUUUCUCUCACCAUCACUCCAACACUAUACUAAUACAGCGCACAGACAAGAGCAACAUUCAGUAAAUGUGAAUGUUGUUAAAAAAGAUUUAGUGCCUUGGACCAACUGAAACUAAACUUCUAAAAAACAUGUCUACACACAAGUCCGACUGAAUCACUCUGAAUCAACCUUCUCAUAGUCCGACUAACACAUCUGGAUAAUUCAGUUGGGGAUAAAUUUUCAUGUGUACGGCACAAUCAGACAGAAUCUGGCCAAAGCCUGCGGCACAUGCCCUGAGUUCACAUGCUGGGCCUGAUCCAGAAAUGGAAUUGGAUGGAUGUGUUGCUUGGGAGCGCAGUAAUAACAAAACCUGGAUGGAUGAAGAAAGAAUGUAAAAGAGACAAAACUUGCCAGUCGUACAAACAAACAGUACAAAGCUGUAAAAAUAACUGCUUUCAUUCGUCAGCAUACAUCCUAUUCGCCUCUAGCUGAUGUGUGUUGCCUAUUGUUUUGAUAUGUAAUGCGUCAACCAGGAGACAACGCGACAGCAACAAGCUAAAAGUAGGCAUGUCGCCCCCUACCACAGCAGAGGCAGACAUGUAACUGUAACUUGACUUAUCCAUCCAUCCAUUUUCUACCACUUAUACCAUUGGGGGUCGUGGGAGGGCUGGAGCCAAUCUCGGCAGCUUGGGGCAAAGGCAGGCGACACCCUGGACAAGUCGCCUUCAUUAACUUGACGUAUCUGCGUGUGUAAACAUAUUGACUGAUCAAUCAAAUUGUUAAACCCUUUUUAAAGCAUCAAAUAACUAAACACGUCUGAGCCUCUCAGAAAAAAUGAACACCCACUCAUGUUGGAGAAAAAUGUAACUCGUGUAUAAUUCAGUUUUUAAGUUGACUACAUGUCUUGUCUGUUUACAUUAAGGAAGCAAACACUGCAGGCAGUCAGUAGAGGAAGCUCUGACAGCAUUUUAGGGUCAGUGUUUCAAACUUUUAAACGAUGAUUAAACCGUCUCUGUGGCUGCUUCAUUGCUCUCUCUAGUCCCUGAAACAACGGUGGUCAGAGUCAUCGAAGGGGAACCAUCCAUCAUCACAGAGACCAGGGUCAUUGAGACCGAACCCACUUUAACCCACGUGACCCGGGUUAUCGGGAAUGAGCCAACCAAAACAAGAGUAAUCGAGACAGAGGGCCCAAAGAUCACCAAGGUUACAAGAGUGAUAGAGACUGACCCAACGGUGACUAAGGUGGUCAGCGAAGUGAAGCCAGUGGUCACCAAAGUAACCAGGGUUGUGGAGGUAAAUCCUUCGCAAACUUCCGUGACCAGGUUCAUUGAUGGAAAGCCUUCUAUCACCAAAGUGACAAGAGUCAUUGAAGGUCAGUAACAGUAAAUGUUUCAUAACUUGUCAUGUCAUUAAUGGUAGAACGUGUACAUGAUAAAACACACUUUAUUUAUUGCAGGUGGAAGUGCUGAUGGGAAGAGAACUUCAGGUUAGUGUCUCAUUAAUCAUUCACUUACGGAGCAUGACAGAUGUAAGAUUUUUUAAGCAUCCCCUAACAGCUUGCUUAACCAACUGAUCCAGCAUCCUGCCGACUGACAGUGAUUUUGAAUUUCAUGUUAUUGAUCUUGAACUAAAACAACAGACAUAUCACUCUCAUGGUGAGCAUUUUUUAGCAUAUAUAUAUAUAUAUUUUAGCUGUUUCAUUCUAGGCAGGUUUAAAAAUUUGUUUAGAACUCAGUGCUGUUUUGGAAAUGUUUAACAAUAAUAUAAGUGCGUAUAAAUAGUAACUCGCUUGUCUUGGCAGCCACUGAUUUGCAGCUUCUUGCAGCUUUUGUAUGUUAUCUUACGGGCUAACACAAGGACAUGUCAUAAGCCAAAUGGUUUGUUUGUUGUGCUUCUGUGGCUGGGUGCCAGGGUGAUUUUCUGUUGCUGGUUGAACCUGUCUUUUCAACAUUUCAUGGUGUUUAUCAAUAUUAGCAUUGACUUAUUUCUCCAGAGAAUUCCAUGACAUACAGUUUAAUACAUAUCAUGAAGAAAAACAGCUCAAAGAUAAUAUUCGUCCUCUUCCAUUUUCUUGCAAUCCAGUGAAGGAAAUAAGUGCCACUGAAUGUUUUAUAUUUGAAGAAGUUAUGUUGAAUGCCGGCUGCUUUAAUGCUGCAUAGAAGUAAGAUUAUGAACAAAAAAUCUUGCAAUAAUGGACAGCCAGAUAUGUGCAAACACACUUUUGAAUGCUCUGUUCCUUGAGAUUGGGCGUAGGCCUGCCACAAUUAAAAACAACACUAGCUCAUUACGGUUUAUGAUGAUGAUACAGGCUUGGCAAUGAUGCUCCAGAGGAAGACGAUGUGUUUUGACUCACAGUCUCCUGGUUAGGCAGAGCUGCGUACAAAGCCAAGUUUUUCUGCAUACUAAUCUAGUUCCCGUGGUGCACCAUGAUUUGGAUGUCUGUAGCCUCACCACUUAACCAUUUCUACAUCAGGUUUCUUGUCUCUCAGGCAAGAAUCCCACCGUUACUUACUCUCUGACUCAUGCAGCUGUGAAGCAUAAAUGUGAGCAGUGUGCAAAGUAAAACACAGAACAUUUGCUAGUUGGCAAAAGGAGCAGAUGAGCCUUAAACUGUUUCCAACUGCAAGUACUUCACCGGGCUUGCAGCUCAUUUUGUUGGCAAACAAGACAAAUUUGCUCUUUUUUCCAUAAGUGGCCUCUGCACACACAUACUUCACAUCCUGUGCAUGAAUGUGUGUAUAUGUUUACAAAAACUGCACAUCUGUGCUUGACUCUGUGUUGGCGGUGGCGGAGGAGGUGUUUCAUGGGGUUAAAGCACCUGUCAGUCUGUCUGUCUGUCAGUCAGUCCAGUUGUUAAGUCGUUAAAUGACUUUCAACACCCUUCUCCGCUGCCCGUCUGAAGGUGGAACCAGAUUCACCGCAGGGAUUGAGCCUCAUGUCAUUGAGGGUAGGGUGUUUUCACACAAACUCUUGUUCUCAAACAGAGAUAGAUUUAUGUGUUUUGUAUGACAAGAGGCGUAUUAUCCCCCUUCUGGGUCUAACAGCUUUGUUUUAAAUUUUCAGUCACGGACCUCUCAGGAAUCACCACCAUCCAUGGCAACCCGAAUCUGAUCGACGAGGAGUCAGAGAGAAUUUCCAAAAUCAUUAAAGGUGAAAAUUCAAAACUGCUGUUGAACUCCGGAGAUCUUUGUGUAUGACUGAUAUAUGUUAAUGUAAACUCAGCAACUGAUUAUGGAAUCGCUUAAUUUUUCAGAGGGAGGUAAAUUUGCUGCUGCCAGGAAAGGUCCAGGUGAGAGCACAAAUCUGUGUCGCAAGUUUUUGCUAAAAAUGGUGCAUUGUAAAGCCAACUUUCAAGAUUCGAAUUGCGAUUGUUUCAAUGUCUUUCCCUUCCAUCCUCUAACUUUGAAUCCCUCCAUUUAUUUUCUCAUGUCUCAUAUAUUUUAUCUCCUUCAUCAUCUCCUGUUUCCCCUUUUACAGCUGGAAUGAGAAGGAGAGCAAGGCUGGUCAGGCGUCACCACAAGCCAAGGCAGCAAAUCAACCAGUGAGAAAACACCGUCGGGCUCACCGCAGAGACUGAAUGCAGCUCCAGUGCUCCUGGUCAAGCACUUGAGGAUUGAAAAACUGUGGACUAAUGGGGGGAAAUCAAAUCAGUCUGUUCUUUUGUAAAACCAAUAAGACUGGUUGUUUACUGUUUCAUCCGGAAUAUUUUGUAUUUGAAAGGCAUGGUGUGUCAUAGUAAUGCAAUAGUAUUAGAAAACGUCAUAAGUUACUCACAUCUGCAAGGGAAAUAUGAACUUUUUUAUGGGGCAGAUGGUGUGAAAUUUAUUAUACCAUUUUUUCAUAAGAUCAGUGCUUUUCUCUGAAUACGUCACAUUGUAAAAGGGCAGUUUGGGAGGGUUUUUUAAUGCUUUUUAUGGUGCUGGCAUUCUGUGUUAUGGAUGCUUUUUUAUGAUUAUGACAAAUGAUACAGUGUCAUUCUGUUGCUCCAAUUAGAUGCUGUACUGAACCUCUGUAAAUAAUUUCAUGGUGUUUAAAAAUACAGUGAAUUUUUAUGAAGUUUCUUUUUUUUUUUAAGUUUCUUUGAGUGAAUUGACUCAAAAAAACCCAGAAUGUUUUGUGCUGUAUUGCAUGGGUUAGUCUUGUUGAUGUCUUUGUCACACAAGGCUUCAUGAAAUACUUGUUUUCCCUCAAACAAACAAAUGUGAAUAAAGUUCACAUAGCGAUUA